CAAGCUGGGGAAGACGGUCACAUGACUGCAGAUGCCGGUCGCUGAUUGGCUCAGACGCGCAGAGGGCGUGUCGUACGGUGGCGGCGUGCGUUUGCCUAUGUGACACAAUUACAACAACUUUGAGCCGAUGGUUUGGGGGAAGUUUACGAUAUUACCAAGUAAACACUCCCUCCUAAAAACCCAACAUUACACCAACUUCAUGCAUAGAAAGGCACUGGAAUACACGCCGUGUUUUGAAGUACAAUGAGGAGUGUGGAAGGUAACUUGAAGGGAUCAUUUCCUUGAGGAUUUGGGCAAGAAUUGGGCAAGAAUUUAGUCGCUAACGCCCCGAUUUUAGUCCUGGAUAUCCGUGCAAAAACUCUCGUUGUUAGUGCAUUCUCUUGGAGUUUCUCGGUGUUGUCGAUAUUCCCAUUUCUUCCCCAUGAAACCGUGUGCUGCUGCUCGGAGCCUUGCUGGUAAUGACGAGGAGAAAAUGGCGUCGGGAACAGAUAUCGAAGAGGACUUUCCGAAGCUCACAGCGCAGGAGAAACAGAGUUUGCACGGCACUGACAGUUCACUGUUUGGAUUUCAUAGGCUUCAAGAAGAUGGCGCCAGAACGAAGGCCUUGCUGUUAAAGGCUGUUAGCUGCUACGAUGCCCUCAUCCUGAAAGCAGAAGGGAAAGUGGACCCAGACAUUUUCUGUCAGCUGGGCCACUUCAACCUGCUGCUGGAGGACUAUCAGAAAGCAUUAUCUGCAUACCAGAGGUACUUCAGUUUACAGUCGGACUACUGGAAGAAUGCUGCCUUUUUAUAUGGCCUCGGCAUGGUUUACUUCCAUUUCAACGCUUUUCAGUGGGCGAUCAAGGCGUUCCAGGAGGUGCUCUACGUCAACCCCAGCUUCUCCAGAGCUAAAGAGAUCCACCUGAGACUGGGACUCAUGUUUAAAGUCAACACAGACUACGAGUCGAGCUUAAAGCAUUUUCAGCUGGCUUUGAUCGACUCCAAUCUCUGCACUUUGUCCAAAGCUGAAAUUCAGUUCCACAUUGCUCAUUUGUAUGAGAUCCAGAAGAAAUACAGAGCGGCGAAGGAAGCGUAUGACAGUCUGCUGCAGACGGAGAGUCUUCCUGCUCAGGUGAAGGCGACCACUCUGCAACAACUGGGCUGGAUGCAUCACACGGUGGAGCAGCUGGGGGAUAAAGGCAACAAGGACAGCUAUGCCAUCCAGUGUCUGCAGAAGUCUCUAGAAGCAGACCCAAACUCGGGCCAGUCCUGGUACUUUCUCGGCAGGUGCUACUCCAGUAUAGGGAAGGUGCAGGAUGCCUUCAUCUCUUACCGUCAGUCCAUCGAUAAGUCAGAGGCCAGUGCUGACACCUGGUGCUCCAUAGGGGUGCUGUACCAGCAGCAGAACCAGCCUAUGGAUGCUCUGCAGGCCUACAUCUGUGCCGUUCAGCUGGACCACAGCCACGCCGCCGCCUGGAUGGACCUGGGCACCCUGUACGAGUCUUGCGGGCAGCCGCACGACGCCAUCAAGUGCUACAUCAACGCCACGCGCAGCAAAGCCUGCCUCAACACGGCAGCGCUCACUCAGCGCAUCAAGCUGCUGCAGGCUCAGUUGUGUAACCAACAGCCAGGUAGUCUGCAGAAUAAGAGUAAAAUGCUUCCUAGUAUUGAGGAGGCGUGGAGCCUACCCAUUCCUGCUGAGCUCACGUCCCGGCAGGGGGCCCUGAACACUGCACAGGCACAGCAGGCCUGUAAGGGGGAGGACAGUAAUCACACAGACCCUCAGGCCAGUCCUGCCAAGAGGAAACGCACCGCCAGCCCGGCUAAGGGUGCUGCAGAGUCACUGACAAACAGCCCCCCCCAGCAGCAGAUCCCCAGCUGGUACCUGACGCAACAGAAGCUUCAGCACCUUGAUCACUUGCGGACGAACCGAGCGAACCUCAAGCCCCCCCAGGUGCAGAUGCUGGAGCAGCUGGAGCAGCAGUUCACCCUCAUGCAGCAGCAUCAGCAGCAGACGAAGCAGCAGGCAGCAGCGGGGGGGCAGCCUCGACCCAGCCUCCCCAACGGCCCUCUGUCCGAGUUGUCUCACCUCAACGCCGGCCUCCCCCGCACCUCCCCCCUCAACCACACAGCCCUCCGGCCCCCGAGCGCCCCCUCCCAGCCCACGGCCAAUGGAUCCUGCUCGUCGAGUCCCUCCUCCUCCGCGGGGCCGCUUGGACACCAGGACAAAAACCACAGCGCGGGACCGGGAGGUGGCGGGGGUGCGAGCAACGGAAACGUGCCUUACCCGCAGCAGAACUCUCUACCUCACCCCUGCACCGCCGCCGGCCUCCCCAGCAGCAGCAGUCCCAGCGCUGCAGAGGACGGGUGGAGGAGCCAGCAGCGCAGCACUACCACUCAGGGGCUUCACAAAGGUCCAGGUUCUCAUUCGGCAGGUCCCAAUGGAGAACCCCCUUUCUCUUCCUCCUCCCCUCCCCCUCACACCUCCUUCUCUUCCUCUGGACUUCUGAAUCAGGUCGGACAUUCCUCCUCCGGUCCCUGCACUGCCUCCUCUUCCGCCUCCUCCCUGUCCCCCACCUCCCCGCAGACCACCCCUAACCACCUGUCCUCGCCCCCCCACGGUGCUACUACCUCAGGGGUCCACACCAAAGACGCCACGCCUUCAGGGGCCACCAACGGCGGCGCGCUGCCAUCAGGUCCGGAGGCCUCCGUCAGGCUUUCCGCAGGGACGCCCCUAAGUCCCGCCCCCGCGCAGGGAUCGACUAAUCACGUCCAGCCGCGGGUGACGGACAGCUCCCCCGACAAUCCUCAGCUCUCAGCCUUGCUAAAAGGACAAGCCAGUAACGAUGACAACAAUAACUUCAGUCACCACGGGGGGGCUUCCUCGGAGAAGAUCAACAACGUCCACCCAGCGGCGGACCCCCACUCCUCCAGCAGCCUCUCCUGCCUUAACAGUCCGUCCAGCAGCCGGGGGCCCACGCUCAACGGGAAGGGCCCCGAGGACUCGCAGAGCCCCGUGACGGUGGAGCCUCCUGCAGCUCAGAGACGCCCCCCCGCCGCUGCUCUGGCCCCCUGGUCCUCGGUGUCCAUCUACCCCAGCUCCAGUGAGGUGCUCAAAGCGUGCAGGAACCUGGGGAAGAACGGCCUGUCGACGAGCAGCAUCAUCCUGGACAAAUGUCCUCCUCCGCGACCCCCCCGCGCACCGUCUCCCUCCCUGCCAAAGGACAAGCUCAACCCCCCGACGCCCAGUAUUUAUCUGGAAAACAAGAGGGACGCCUUCUUCCCCCCCCUCCAUCAGUUCUGCACCAACCCCUCCAACCCCGUCACCGUCAUCAGAGGACUGGCAGGAGCGCUCAAACUGGAUCUGGGUCUGUUCUCCACGAAGACGCUGGUGGAGGCAAACCCCGACCACCUGGUGGAGGUACGCACUCAGCUGGCUCAGCCCGGCGACGAGAACUGGGACCCGAGCGGCAGCAAGAAGAUGUGGCGCUGUGAGAGCAGCCGCUCGCACACCACCGUCAUCAAAUACGCCCAGUACCAGGCCUCGUCCUUCCAGGAGUCCCUGAGGGAGGAGAACGAGAAGAAGAAGGAGGUAGACACGGACGCAGCGUCAUCGGACAGUGCGCUGCGACGGAGGAAAGGCUCGUUCAAACACCUGAAGUUCGGCACCAACAUCGACCUGUCCGACGAGAAGAAGUGGAAGCAGCAGCUGCAGGAGUUGUCUAAGCUGCCGGCGUUCGCUCGUGUCGUGUCGGCCGGGAAUCUGCUGAGUCAUGUCGGACACACUAUCCUGGGCAUGAACACCGUGCAGCUCUACAUGAAGGUUCCCGGCAGCAGGACGCCAGGCCACCAGGAGAACAACAACUUCUGCUCAGUAAACAUCAACAUCGGUCCUGGAGACUGCGAGUGGUUCGCUGUCCCCGAGGCGUACUGGGGCGUCAUCAACGACUUCUGUGAAAGGAACAACAUCAACUUCCUGAUGGGCUCGUGGUGGCCCAACCUGGAGGAUCUGUACGAGAGCAACGUACCCGUGUACCGCUUCAUCCAGAGACCAGGGGACCUGGUGUGGCUGAACACCGGCACCAUCCACUGGGUGCAGGCCAUCGGCUGGUGCAACAACAUCGCCUGGAACGUGGGGCCCCUCACCGCGCAUCAGUACAAGCUGGCCGUGGAGCGCUACGAGUGGAACAAACUGCAGAGCGUCAAAUCCAUCGUUCCCAUGAUCCACCUCUCCUGGAACAUGGCCAGGAACAUCAAGGUGUCCGACCACCGGCUCUUCGAGAUGAUCAAGUAUUGUUUGCUACGGACUCUGAAGCAGUGUCAGAUGCAGAGGGAUCUCCUGUUGAAUGCUGGGAAAGAGCUGGCGUGGCACGGCCGGACGCAGAGCGAGCCGGCGCAUUACUGCAGCAUCUGUGAGGUGGAGGUGUUCGACCUGCUCUUCGUCACCACGGAGAGCAACAGCAGGAAGACGUACGUGGUUCACUGUCAGGACUGCGCCCGCCGGGGGAGCCCCGACCUGGACAACUUUGUGGUGCUGGAGCAGUACAAGAUCGAGGACCUGAUGCACGUCUACGACCAGUUCACACUCGCGAGCCCCCUGCCUUCCUCCUCCUGAUGCUAACUGUUGGAAACCACCGUGGACUACACACACACACACACACACACACACACACACACACACACACACACACACUCCGGAAACCUCGUCUCUUUUCUGAUAUUCAGGAAGUUAGCCGGCAGUCCUCAGACGGCGCUCUGUAGCUCCCCCUCAAACGGCAGCUGCGUGAAAAGCUGUGUGUCUAUGCAACCCCCCCCCCCCCACCCCUGGAAACACACUGCCUCCCUCCGGUGGACUGGAGGAGGGAGGCAGCUCCUCCUCCCCCCCCCACCCCACCACCACCACCACAGAGACCUAAAAAAUGAUGAAUUUUUUUUGUACAUAUUCAGUUUGAACUGGUCACAGCAAGAACUACUGACUCGAUCAUUUUUCUAUUCUGUUUGAGAGCUUUGUCUCCCCCACCCUCACCCGCUCACCCACCACUAUGAGAUUUUGUAUGUUAGAUAGACCCCCCCCUCGUCAGGAAACAGAGUUUUGUAAUGUGAAAAAGUUGACUGACACAUUCUCCAACAUUUCCCCCUUUUUUUAAUUUAAAAAUCUGUUAUUUUUGAUGAUUAUUAUUUGAGGUGGGGGAGGGGGGGGGCAGGAAAUGAGAGAAAGGGGUUGCACAUAGACAGAAGAGUAAACUUUGAUUUGUGUUUUUUUUAUUUUGAUGUAAAUUUACACUAUUUAUAAAUGCAUAUUUAUUGCUUGAAGAUAUUCUGUUGAUGGAAUGCUGUAAUUUUUUUCCAGAGUACCUGCCAUUAAAUCUGAAGGGGCCGUGUGAUUUUAAGCUCGGCCCCUCGUACGUUUUCUAUAUAAAUAAAAACUGCUUAGUCAGCGUUGUACAGAGACCUUGCGUUUAUUGUUUGAAGGAUGUUUUAUGAGUCAAUAAACAAGAUCUGUCUUUAUUUACA